CCCGCGGCGGCGGCUGCGGAGCGUCCGUCCCGCCCUUCCCGCCCCGGAGCGCGGCGGCCCCGCGGCGGGCGGGCGGGCCGACGCUGCGCUGCGCGGGGGCGAGGCGCGGAUAAGGCCGCCGGCGGGCCGGGGCGGCAGGGACGGAAACGCCGGGACUUCCUCUGGGGGAGGCCGGCCCCGGGGCGGUGCGCUCCCCGCGGGGGGUAGCAGCGAUGCGGGCCGCCUGGGUGCUGCUGGCGGCGCUGGCCGCCCUGGCCGCCUACUACGUGUACCUGCCGCUGCCCGGCACCGUGUCGGACCCCUGGAAGCUGAUGCUGCUGGAUGCCACCUUCCGGGCGGUGCAGCAGGCGUGUCACCUGAUUCACUAUCUGAGACUCAGCCAUCACUUGAUAGUCCUGAAUUAUUUGAUUUGUACUUUUGACAAGCUGAAGUCUGUCUCCUCUGAAGACAUUAACAUCACGGACACUGUGUUUGAUGGGGUGGAAGUCAGAGUGUUUGAACCUCCUGCUCAGCCAGAUGGAAGGCUCAAGCGCAGCGUUGUUUACAUCCACGGAGGGGGCUGGGCCUUGGCAAGUGCACGAACGAGUCUUUAUAACAAUCUCUGCAGAAUCAUGGCUGAAUCUCUUAAUGCUGUCAUCGUCUCAGUUGAAUACAGGCUGGUGCCAGAGGUGUGCUUUCCCGAGCAAUUCCAUGAUGCUCUUCGUGCUACUAAGCAUUUUUUGCAGCCUGACGUUUUAGCUGAGUAUUCAGUUGAUCCAAGUCGAAUUGCAAUUUCUGGCGAUAGCGCAGGAGGAAAUUUGGCAGCUGCUGUAUGUCAGCAGCUCAGCAAAGAUGAACACUUGACCAUCAGACCGAAACUGCAGGCCUUAAUUUAUCCAGUCCUUCAGGCAUUCGACUUCAAUACACCUUCCUAUCAGCAGAACAUGAAUAUGCCCGUCCUUCCUCGUUAUGUCAUGAUCAACUAUUGGAUAGAUUAUUUCAAUGGUAAUUACGACGUGGCGCACUCACUGCUGAUUAACAACCACACUGCUCUUGACGUUGGCCAAGCUUUGUCUUUUAGAGGGCGUCUGAACUGGACAUCUCUCCUGCCUUCAUCGUUCAAAAAGAACUACAAGCCUGUAAUACAAACCACAGGCAAGGCUGAAAUCAUCCAGGAGAUACCGGCGCUGCUCGAUGUACGAGCAGUCCCGCUCCUUGCGGAAAAUGAGACACUUCAGCUGCAGCCCAAGACUUACAUCCUGACCUGCGAGAACGACGUCCUGCGAGAUGACGGGGUGAUGUACGCCAAGCGCCUGGAGAACGCCGGCGUGGAAGUUACGCUCGAUCACUUCGAUGACUGCUUUCACGGCUGUAUGAUAUUCACCAUUUGGCCUACCGAUUUCUCUGCAGGCAUUCAGACCAGGAACAGCUAUAUCAAAUGGCUGGACGAAAACCUCUGAAGAGAGCGUCUCUCUAGAAGAUGCAGGGUGUGUAGCUCUGGUGGCGGCUCUUGCAGAAGAGCAAACAAUGAAAAAGUGCACUUUCCCACAUUCUGACUUCAUCCAUUCAGCUGCAGCUGCUGGGGGUAUCGACCACUAACUACAGCAUUUUCUAGAUCGAUUGGCCUUGCCCAGCAAAGUGUUUUGAGAAAUACUUUUUCAAACGUUGAUCUUGAUUUUUUUCUCGUUCUUUCAGAUGAUUACUGCCUAAUACAAACAAAUCUUAGGCAGAGAGAUCGGCAUUCCUGUAGCAUUCUUAACAGGCUCCCACUAUCAAGCUUUAACUCGAUUAGGCACAAAGGCCUCGCUUUGCAAAUGAUGUGAGGUAAAGCCAAACACCUACAUCAAAAUACUUCAAACCAGAGCUAGUUUUCAACAGUGGUGAGCACCUGAUGUCAAAGAAAGUGUGAGCACUCACCUUUGACAGCAAAGCAAUGCAUUGGAAUGUCAAGCAGGGAUUCAGGUGUUAGCUUUUAGGCACACAGACGAAUGGCUUGUUUACAUUAAAAAAAGAAAAAAAGAAAAGAAAAGGCUCUUCUAGGCAGUUGAGAUGAUGCUGGACAAGUCUCUUAGCCAAACAUGUAAUUCAGCUUUGGAAUUUGGUCUUUAUUACCUUUUAGCUAUUUAUACUUUAUAAAAGCACAGCACUCAAUAUAUUUUCAAUAAAAAGUAUUAUAGCAUACAUGCAAAUGUAUAGGAUAAAAUAUUAUGUCUAGCAGCAGAAUCCAGGUUGUUUAUGUGAGCGAGCUUCAAAGCUGACUACUUAUUUGGCUAAGGAAUGUGACUUCACCUGUGUUUAAAGCCCCCGUUGUAUGACCUCCCUACAGAAAAUACUGAGCUUACAAAAAAUAAUCUGCUGUGUGGUUUGCACUAAUGUUUUUAAUUAAUAGAGGAAGGUUUUGUUCAUUGACUUUUCUUUUGUGCUUGUAGUGUUUAUUUUAUUUCAUGCUUCCUGGAAGGACGGGAGCAAGCAAAUAGAAGUAGGUUCUAAUCUCUAUGGAAGAUUUAAAGCUGAGCUUUGCAGCUAAACUUUGUCUGUCUUCUAGACUGACCCACAACACCAGGUAAGAUGAUCUCACUAUCAGACAGCAAAUCUCUACAGUUUGAGCCAGUCUGUAAAAUUCAGAUAGGCAGGACAGGGCAGUGAAACCACUUUGCAGCAGUGUGUAUGGUCCAGGAUGCUUACUGCUUGCAGAAAUGAAGGUUGUGUCAAAAAGCCCGGUGUUUCUAGGCAAAGAGGAGCGAAUAGCUGCCCCAUAACUGAACUAGUAGAUUAAAUUCCUCCUUUAGCUUUAUCACAGGCUUCCUGGGGGACCCCAGGAGAACAACUUCAUCUCCUUCUGCCCCACUGUCUUCUUCUGCAAGAGAGGGAGUAGUAAUUUCCUACCUCACAAAGGAGCUGUGAAGCGAGUUCACAGAUGUUGGUGAAGCACAGGGAUGUGAUGGUGACUGGCAGGCACUGAACAGCUCCCGUAGCUUUUGACUUCCCAUCCUUCUGUAAUAGCUGGUGCUGAGCAGCCUGCCCCAUGAUGGGUGGUGCUGGGCUGCGGGUCCUCCUGGGCGGUUAGCUCAGCUCGGUCCUGGCUCCCGUCACAGUACCAUAAGGUGAGGCUUCUUGGCUGUUGGGAAAUCACGACAAAGGCAGUUUCAUUAAAGCUUUGCUCAUGGCAGGAUUCUGAAAAGUUAUUUAAAGUUUAAAAAAAACAAAAACAACAAAACAAAACCUCAACUGAAAACCCAAAACAAAAAAAGAAACCCAAGAAAAAACAAGAUACUAUUAGAUCAAACUGUCUUCUAUCAUUUAAAAUAUAUAUAUUUAAAAUAUACAGAACAAUCCACUUCCACCGGUAUUUAAAGUAAAUAAGAGAAUGGCUUUGCUGAAUCAUUGCUUCCCAGAAACAUCAGGUUGUUAAUGUGGUUGUACGUAUUAAGAAAAGCUAUUAAUGAGACACGGCUCUGAUGCUGGCUCAGUCAUGCGGGCUGAAACUCAUUUUCUGGGCAUGGGUUCAUACAGAGAUGACAAGGCAAAGCUUUUUCAACAGUGGCCCAAAUUCUUCUUCCAUUUAGAUUGUUACGAAGACUUGGUGGAAUGAGAGCAGCUGAGCGACAAUCUGAAUCAAAACAAAUUUCGGUCAAGGUAUCCAAUUAACAUUGCAGAAGGAUUAAAAUUUUGUUUCUGGAUUUAAAAGCUCUUUCCUCCUUUCCCCCAUAAACACAACUUCAGUAGAUAUAAUUGACACUUAGAACAGACAGCAAAGUCAUGUCCAUUCGAAAGACAAAUUACUGAUCUGUUCCAGAGUCAUUUUCCCCAGUGUGGAGACAGCUCCAUUUACCUGACUUAAUGACUUAGAGUAAAAAUAAAUAUUGUUACUCUGAGUUGUAACAACAGGCUUCUUCUCAGCUUUCCCACUUAAAGAGUAAACCCAUGUCAGAAAAGAUGUAAUUUAUAUUCACCUGCCGUCAUUAAAAGAGAGUAGUAACCGUAGUACUGGGAAAAAAAAAAUCCUAUUAAUUUUAUAAUAAUUACAUUUACCUUAGAGCUGUCUGCAAAGCUUUAGACCAGCAUUUGUUUAUAGCUAAGUUAUAAAUAUCUGCUAUGAAGCUAUACUAUAAUUGCUGCUGUUUGUUUUUUUUAAUGGAAACGAAAUGGAGAGCUGGAAUAUAUGUAUUCAUGGAGUCGAUUGUAAAUUUCCUUCAUGCACUGAAGCACAUUAAAGUCUUGGCACAAGAAAUGGUAGUAAGUAUGUAACUGGACUGAAGGUGUUUACCUAAGUCAUCACCAGCUUGAUGUGCCAUCCAAGACUGCAGCACGACUUGGAUGCGAUGUUACAGUGUUAACUAGUUCUGUCAGAGUAUCUUGACUACUGUUACCUUGCAGCUGUAUGGUUUAAAUACACGAUAGCUGCAAAAAUACGAUGUGAUGGAUCCUAUAACGUAUAAAAAGAGGUCUGAGAUCCAGCUAUAAAAAGACCUUUUAGUAUAUAGCCGCACAAGACACUUGAUUUACAAUUCAGUGGAAACCUUGAAGUAAGCGUUAGUCCAAACUCAGCUUUUCUCCUACUUUGUUCUCCUUUGCAUAUGGUCCCGAUGCCCCAUGUUGCAAGUUCAGGGUUGUUUCCAGCUGCAGGCUCCUGGAAACAGCGGAGAGCUGCGCCGGGGCCGGCCGGCAUGGCUACAGAACACUGAUGCCUGAGAGCAGGAGAUGAAGAUUAAUGCAUGUUACGACACCUCAAUUUGUUCGUGUGUUUAGUCCUACGUCUCCUGAAGUGUGUCCUCGGGCGUACCUAGCACUUUCAUCCUUGGUUAUUUCACAAAGCAGUUUAGGCACUUUGCACAUUGUAGGAUCAGAUCAAGUAUUUGUAACUAUUUCACCUGUGUGUAGUAAAAAAUCAGACUUCUAAAUGGAGAUAAGUUUGUCUACUUACCUUCUUGUCAAAUCAAUGAGUAUGGCUAGCUUUGUAUUGUAGGUGGCUUUUUUUUUUCCCCUCUGGCCUACAAUUAGGCUUUAUCAAUUCAUUGCCAGAAUAUCUUGUUCCUGAUGGCCAUCAAGGCAUUCAAAUGUAAGCUUUAAAAAUAAAAUUAAAAAUAAAAUUAAAAAUACUUCACAUAACAGAAUCUAUAGUCAUUUGUAUCCUACUUUCAUAGACCUGGGAACUAUAUUAGCAGGUCCCCAGUAUUUUGGCCAAUAUUUGUAGGAAUAAAUGGAGGUUUUGUCUUCCUAGCGUAGGACUUCUUAAAAGAUGGAUGUUCAGCAUUUCUGAAAGCCCGGACCCCUUUAAAGAUGUUGCAUGGUGCAUAAAAAAUCACAAAUAAAUUGAAUUUCCUAAACUUCAUCUAAGAAAUUCCAAGAUUACAUCCCUGGCCAAAGCAGAAAGACCAUUGCAGGUUUUAAGCCCUGCAAACUAAAAAGAAAUGCUUUAUAUUUAAAAUCAUUAUUUUGUAGUCUUUGGGCCUCUGUAUUUUUUUGGUCUCUUACCAAACUUUAUUAUAAACUUCUUCAAAUAAAAAUAUUAGAAGUAGAUUAUCCUGUGUUAAACCUGUUAAGCUGCUAUGAUCUGUAACAACGAUCUUGUUAAAAACAAACAAGCAAAUAAACAAAACUAGCUGGUUUAA